AUGGUCACAAAAGGAAGCUGCAUGUGCUCGCAAGUCGGGUACGAGUUCACCAGCGAACCCGCGACCACUGCCCUCUGCCACUGCACCGACUGCCAAAAAUGGACCGGCGGCCCCUACACGGCCAACGUUGUCGUCCCGCGCAAAAACUUCACCGUCACCAAGGGCACGCCCAAGACCUACGACGCCAUCGGCGCGUCGGGGAAAGUCAACAAACACUUCUUCUGCGGCAACUGCGGCUCGUCGCUGUACACGGAGCUCGAGAUCAUGCCCGACGUCGCGUGCGUCAAGAGCGGGUGCCUGGAUGGCGGCGCGAAGGAUCAUGACAUCAAGGUCGAGUUCUAUACGAAGGAUCGCUUGGGGUAUGCGAAGGAGAUACCUGGGGCGGAGCAGCUGACGCAUUUCGGGUGA